AUGUUUACACUAUUUCCAGAAUCAGCUGAUAUAGAAAGUGCCACAGAUCUUUUUAUCGAUACUGAGCAAAGUUUUCUAAAAGAAAAUGUUAACAGUAAAUUUGUAACAGAGAUUUAUAGUGAAGAUUCAGAAAAUGAGGAUCAAAGUGAUAUUUUAAAGCUAAGUGUAAAGCUUACUUUUAUUAACUUUUCAGAAUUUAAAGCUUGA